AUGUACACAUACAGUUGCCUGGUGCCGGGGGAAGGCGGCUGGCCUCCACUGCAGCCCCUCACCUACACCUACCUGCCUGGUCCCCUACUGCUGCCCCCCAUCCAGGCCCACAGCUUCUGCAGUCAGCCUCCAGUCCUGAGCACCGGCGACUGGAUGGUGUCGCGGGAAUACCACUGUUUCCACAGCCCGGGCGUCUCCCUGGGAGCCGCGCCACCCUGGUGGGCCUUCCCGCAGGCUUACGCCGCAGCCCUGUGCCCAACGUUCCCAGCGCCUGGCUACCCCGGGCCUUCCCUGCAGGCGCCCGCGGAGGCGGAGGCGGGGACCGCGGCGGCCGAGAACGGUACGCCUUGGCCGGAGGGCAGCAGCCUGCAGGCUGAGCUGCGCUGGGGCCUCGUGGAGCGCGCGCUGGGCCCGCGCCUAGACCUGCCGGACUCUGUGCGCCGGGAGCUGCGGCGCGCCUACGGCACGUACCCGCACACUGACGUGCGCAUCACUUUCCGCGGCGGCCAGUUCCUGGUGCAGGCUGCUCCGCGCGUCGGCGAGCCGCAGUACCGCGUGCAUAGGCGCCUGCUGCGCCCGUCCUCCAGCAGCAGGGGCGGGGGCAGCAGCAGCGGGGGCGGCGGCAGCAGCACCGCCAGGGAAGCGGCAGGACACGGCCACCGGAAGAAGAGGAAUGGCCUGGGCUGA